AUGACAGGUAACACACACACACAUCUCAGUGCUCCUCUCCCUCUGCACAGUGUGUGUGUGUGACCAGUAUGACAGUGGGUUCUCUGUAGUUGGUUUCUCUGUGAAAUGGGUUCUGUGUGUAUGGUCUUGUCCUGUAAAUGGGUUCUGUGUGUAUGGUCUUGUCCUGUAAAUGGAUUCUGUGUGUAUGGUCUUGUCCUGUAAAUGGGUUCUGUGUGUAUGGUCUUGUCCUGUAAAUGGGUUCUGUGUGUAUGGUCUUGACCUGUAAAUGGGUUCUGUGUGUAUGGUAUUUUCCUGUAAAUGGGUUCUGUGUGUAUGGUCUUGUCCUGUAAAUGGGUUCUGUGUGUAUGGUCUUGUCCUGUAAAUGGGUUAUGUGUGUAUGGUCUUGUCCUGUAAAUGGGUUCUGUGUGUAUGGUCUUGUCCUGUAAAUGGGUUCUGUGUGUAUGGUCUUGUCCUGUAAAUGGGUUCUGUGUGUAUGGUCUUGUCCUGUAAAUGGGUUCUGUGUGUAUGGUCUUGUCCUGUAAAUGGGUUCUGUGUGUAUGGUCUUGUCCUGUAAAUGGGUUCUGUGUUUAUGGUCUUGUCCUGUAAAUGGGUUCUGUGUGUAUGGUCUUGUCCUGUAAAUGGGUUCUGUGUGUAUGGUAUGUUCCUGUAAAUGGGCUCUGUGUGUAUGGUCUUGUCCUGUAAAUGGGUUCUGUGUGUAUGGUAUUUUCCUGUAAAUGGGUUCUGUGUGUAUGGUCUUGUCCUGUAAAUGGGUUCUGUGUGUAUGGUAUUUUUCUGUAAAUGGGUUCUGUGUGUAUGGUCUUGUCCUGUAAAUGGGUUCUGUGUGUAUGGUAUUUUCCUGUAAAUGGGCUCUGUGUGUAUGGUCUUGUCCUGUAAAUGGGUUCUGUGUGUAUGGUCUUGUCCUGUAAAUGGGUUCUGUGUGUAUGGUAUUUUCCUGUAAAUGGGUUCUGUGUGUAUGGUAUUUUCCUGUAAAUGGGUUCUGUCUGUAUGGUAUUUUCCUGUAAAUGGGUUCUGUGUGUAUGGUAUUUUCCUGUAAAUGGGUUCUGUGUGUAUGGUCUUGUCCUAUAAAUGGGUUCUGUGUGUAUGGUAUUUUCCUGUAAAUGGGUUCUGUGUGUAUGGUCUUGUCCUGUAAAUGGGUUCUGUGUGUAUGGUAUUUUCCUGUAAAUGGGUUCUGUGUGUAUGGUCUUGUCCUGUAAAUGGGUUCUGUGUGUAUGAUCUUGUCCUGUAAAUGGGUUCUACGUGAAGUGGGGUUAGUGUGUGUGUGUGUGUGUGUGUGUGGGUGGGGGUGUGUGGAUGGGUGUGUGUGUGUGUGUGGGUGGGUGGGUGGGUUGGUGUGUGCGAAUGUACUGAUGUGUGUGUAUAUAACAGUGUGUAUAACUGUAUUUUCUACCUGCAGAUGGUUUCUAUGUGACGUGGGGUGCGUCUGAGGGAGGGGGAGUGAUGGCCCCUGGUCAGUCCCUGCCCCUACACGGUAAAUCUCUGGGACUCUUCGACUGUGCCGACCUACGCCAGGUCAUACACAAGGUCAGUGUCUGUUUGUAUUGUGUAUGACAGGGAGAGAGAGUGUUGUGUGUGUAUUAAUGCAUCUCUCUCCUCUGUAGGGAGCGGUCCUGUAUGGUCAUGACAACAGGGAGUUGGACCUACUGUUGUUCUGGGAGGUGUCUUACUGAGUGGCCCGGGGGGCUCUCUGCUCCCGGCCGGAUGCAGUGGGGUGGGCCGAUGCACUGCCACAUAUAUGGUUUCACACAUUCAUGGAUACACACUCUACACACCCAAGACCUCCCGCGGAUAGUCACUCAAACACAACCUGAAGACCGUAAGAUAUCAUACCUCUGUGUCUGUCUGUACAGUGAGGGAAAAAAGUAUUUGAUCCCCUGCUGAUUUUGUACGUUUGCGCACUGACAAAGACAUGAUCAGUCUAAACAUUUUAAUGGUAGGUUUAUUUGAACAGUGGGGGACAGAAUAAUAACAAAAUAAUCCAGAAAAACUCAUGUCAAAAAUGUUAUAAAUUGAUUUGCAUUUUAAUGAGGGAAGUAAGUAUUUGACCCCUCUGCAAAACAUGACUUAGUACUUGGUGGCAAAACCCUUGUUGGCAAUCACAGAGGUCAGACGUUUCUUGUAGUUGGUCACCAGGUUUGCACACAUCUCAGGAGGGAUUUUGUUCCACUCCUCUUUGUAGAUCUUCUCCAAGUUAUUAAGGUUUCAAGGCUGAUGUUUGGCAACUCGAACCUUCAGCUCCCUCCACAGAUUUUCUAUGGGAUUAAGGUCUGGAGACUGGCUAGGCCACUCCAGGACCUUAAUGUGCUUCUUCUUGAGCCACUCCUUUGUUGCCUUGGCCGUGUGUUUUGGGUCAUUGUCAUGCUGGAAUACCCAUCCACAACCCAUUUUCAAUGCCCUGGCUGAGGGAAGGUUCUCACACAAGAUUUGACGGUACAUGGCCCCGUCCAUCGUCCCUUUGAUGCAGUGAAGUUGUCCUGUCCCCUUAGCAGAAAAACACCUCGAUGUUUGAUGGUGGGGAUGGUGUUCUUGGGGUCAUAGGCAGCACUUCUCCAAACACGGCGAGUUGAGUUGAUGCCAAAGAGCUUGAUUUUGGUCUCAUCUGACCACAACACUUUCACUCAGUUCUCCUCUGAAUCAUUCAGAUGUUCAUUGGCAAACUUCAGACGGGCAUGUAUAUGUGCUUUCUUGAGCAGGGGGACUUUGCGGGUGCUGCAGGAUUUCAGUCCUUCACGGCGUAGUGUGUUACCAAUUGUUUUCUUGGUGACUAUGGUCCCAGCUGCCUUGAGAUCAUUGACAAGAUCCUCCCGUGUAGUUCUGGGCUGAUUCCUCACCGUUCUCAUGAUCAUUGCAACUCCAUGAGGUGAGAUCUUGCAUGGAGCCCCAGGCCGAGGGAGAUUGACAGUUCUUUUGCGUUUCUUCCAUUUGCGAAUAAUCGCACAAACUGUUGUCACCUUCUCACCAAGCUGCUUGGCGAUGGUCUUGUAGCCAAUUCCAGCCUUGUGUAGGUCUACAAUCUUGUCCCUGACAUCCUUGGAGAGCUCUUUGGUCUUGGCCAUGGUGGAGAGUUUGGAAUCUGAUUGAUUGAUUGCUUCUGUGGACAGGUGUCUUUUUUACAGGUAACAAGCUGAGAUUAGGAGCACUCCCUUUAAGAGUGUGCUCCUAAUCUUAGCUUGUUACCUGUAUAAAAGACACCUGGGAGCCAGAAAUCUUUCUGAUUGAGAUGGGGUCAAAUAUUUAUUUCCCUCAUUAAAAUGCAAAUCAAUUUAUAACAUUUUUGACAUGCGUUUUUCUGGAUUUUUUUGUUUUUAUUCUGUCUCUCACUGUUCAAGUAAACCUACCAUUAACAUUAUAGACUGAUCAUUUCUUUCUCAGUGGGCAAACGUACAAAAUCAGCAGGGGAUCAAAUACUUUUUUCCCUCACUGUAUGUCUGUCUGUCUGUCUUUCUGUGGGUGCGUAUGGGUGACUAAUGCGUUAGUGUGCAGUGUUUCCCUUAUAUUCAUUUAGCAGAGGCAGACUUAAAAAAUUAAAAUAAUAAUAAUACUUUUCGGGAUGGUAAACCGCUUUCAAUGUAAGUGUACUGACAUCAGUGUUAUAUGUGUUGUAGAUGAGGUACUGGUCAGGGGUCUGUACUGUACUGAGAUCAGUGUUAUAUGUGUUGUAGAUGAGGUACUUGCCUGGGGUCUGUACUGUACUGUACUGAGAUCAGUGUUAUAUGUGUUGUAGAUGAGGUACUUAGCCUGGGGUCUGUACUUUACUGUACUGAGAUCAGUGUGUGUUAUAUGUGUGUUGUAGGUGAGGUUCCAGGCCUGUACUCCCCAGUGGAGCUGGAGCUCCUCCUCUCCUCUCUCAAAGAUCCUGCAUCCCAGGACGGAUUCACUGGACCCCACUUCAACUACUUUACCUACCGUGAGAGACUCAUCUAUCUAGAUACUCAUCUACAUUUACAUUACAUUACAUUUUAGUCAUUUAAGUCAUUUAACGUUUCUAGAGUGACUUACAAUUAGGGUUAAGUGCUUUCUUAAGGGCACAUCGACAGAUCUACACAUCCUCUGUUCUCUCAUGUUCUCUCAUGUCCUCUCUCUCUCUCUCCCCUCCUCUCCCUUUGUCGUUCUCCUCUACCCUGUUUAUUGUAAUGAUGGUGUGUUGUUCUGUUUUUUAUCCUGUUAUGCUGCCGGGACUCAGAAAAGAUAUCAUCGAAUCCACUGAUCACUCUCACUAUCCUCGUAGUAUCCUGCAUCGACUACACGAUACAUGGCAUAUUUCUAGCAUGGGGGGUCUAGAGGGACAAGGGACGCAGUACAGCAUCUUUCUUUUUACAGUUUUACACUCACCUCUCACAUCUACUCUCAUUCUACUUCAUCACUACUCUCGGGAUUCCAAGCGAGAACGGAACCUCAUCUCAAUGCUGCGCCAGAGGCAGCAUCCUCUCUCGUCGCUGUAGAGAGAAAGAUCGAGGAGACACAAGGUCUCUUGCCUAAUGCAGAGGCUCUCGAAUCUGUACUCUCUGUCACAUCGUACAGUCUCUGCUCGACGAGGUCUCUCUCUUCAUCAUCUCUCUAGUACAGUGCUCUCUCAUCUUUUCGAGCUCUCAUUCUGUCGACUCGGUGCCUCCCUCGUCACUAACAUCGUCAUCUUCCCAUCCCUCAUCUCUUACUAGCUCUCCUCCUCUCCUCGCCUCUAUCUCGUACUGUUCUCUCAUUCACUACUCGAACUUCAAAUCGUCACUCAAAAUCGUCAUGUAGCUCUGUGUUGGGGUAUUUACGUCCUCAUUCAGUCGACAUCAUCUAUGCACUACCUACUGCAUCGUAGUCUCUCCACACCCGUCGCCCCUCCUACGGCUACAGUACGUCUCAAGCUCUUGGGGGUCCAUUCUCGCUCUGCAAUCUCGCUCUCUCCUCUCUCUCUCUCUCUGCUCUCUCUCUCUCUCCUCUCUCUGCUCUCUUUCUCUCGCUCUCUCUCUCUCCCUUUCAUCUCUCCACUCAAAUUUCACAUUCAAGCUGCU